AUGUCUACUCUUGUUUCUCCUCAUCAUUUUACUCCCGAGGAUGAUGCUAUGGUUCUUUAUAAGGCUGUCAAAGGAUGGGGGACUGAUGAGAGUGCUAUCAUAGCUAUAAUGGGACAUAGAAAUGCUAUUCAAAGGCAACAAAUAAGACUAACCUACGAAAGUAUGUACGAAGAAGAUCUCAUCAAACGUCUUGAAUCAGAGUUGUCUGGUAACUUUGAGAAAGCAAUGUAUAGGUGGAUAUUGGAGCCUUCAGAUUGUUAUGCUGUGUUGGCAAAUGUAGCUCUUAAGAAUGUUUACAGAGAUUAUCAUGUGAUUGUGGAAAUUGCUAGUGUUCUUAAACCUGAAGAGCUUCUGAAUGUGCGGCGCGCCUAUCAUUAUCGAUUCCACCAUUCUUUGGAAGAACAUGUGGCUGCACAUACCUCUGGCUAUUUUCGCCAGUUUUUGGUUGGACUGGUGACCUCGUUUCGAUAUGGUGGUGAUAAUAUCCAUUCAAGUUUGGCAAAAUAUGAAGCUGAAAUUCUUCAUGAUGCUAUCAAAAACAAGAAAGGUAACCUUGAGGAAGUUAUCAGGAUCCUUACUACAAGGAGCAAGACCCAACUUAAGGCUACUUUCAACCGUUACAGAGAUGAUCAUGGCUACUCUAUUAGCAAGAGACUGUUGAGUGAAGAGUCUGAUGACUUCCUUAAAGCUGUUCAUGUCGCCAUUCGUUGCAUUGAUGACCACAAGAAGUACUAUGAAAAGAUUCUUCGGAGUGCGCUGAAAAAGAUUGGAACCGAUGAAGAUGAACUAACCCGCGUGGUGGUCACAAGGGCUGAGAAGGACUUGAAGGACAUCAAAGAGCUGUAUUACCAUAGAAACAGUGUUCGUCUCGAGGAUGCAGUGGCCAGGGAGAUCUCAGGAGACUACAAGAGGUUCCUUCUUACUCUUAUAGGAAGAGAAUACUAA